AAAUACAAGAACACUGCUGGAAAUUCGCGCCGGUCAUGUAAUUUGUGUUCGUUGUGUAGCUAUUUCGACAUCGUUAAAUUCCUGGACCUAACCUGACGUUCUGCGACUGUGCGCUACCGCCUCGGCACUCCAGGUGGUGAACCCGAACGACCCGCGGUACACGGACCCCCACCACCAGACCGUGUGUGUGUUCCACGCUGUCGCCAACGGGCUCACUGUGCGUAACGGGCGCAGCAGAAUCCGCUUUAGUAUCUCCCGGUUCCCGUUCGCUUUGUGCCGCGUGGCGCUGUUCUGCUGCCCUUCGCUGGCUGCCAACCUGGAACCCGGGCCCGAGCACCCGGAACCGCAGAUGCGCAACUUCGUGGUCAGAGCGCAGGGCAACCGGUUCCUGCGGGCACUCAUGAUGCUCGGCGACGGCUCGUCCACCAGCGAGCCGCAGUUCGAGGCGCUGCUUGACAAUCUGGAGGCGCGUACGCUGGCCGACGUCGUAGGAACCUGGUAUAAGGAGCGUGCCUACAAUGGCGUGGUCCUCCGCUGGCCGGAGACCUUCUCGGCGGCGAGCUGGCAGCGCGUGCCCAAGCUUCUCGCUUGGUUGGAGCAGAGGCUGUCGCAGUUAGUGGGCCUCAAGCUGGGCGUGGCGCUUCGCCAGGACGCCGUCGGGCCGGACUUGACGCAGCUGGCGGCCAGCCUGGGGCCUGCCUCGCUAUUCCUCCUGCCGCCCGACAUGCCACCCAGCAAGUACCAGGGGACCGCGAUCAGUUACUUCAGCGAGUCAACAUUGAACCAACUAUGGCAGCUCUACAACCGCUACUUUAGGCCUGGCGUUGGGAAUAUCUCUGGACUUGAUAAAAGCGCCUGUUACCUGCUGCCAGCCGACACUUAUACCUUUAAGGUGGCGCGAGUGGCCGACCGCGUGCCCGCACCCGGCGAGCAAUCCCUGGGUCCCGGAGUCGAGGGCAACGUCACCCGGAAGGCCGGACGCAUGGCCUACUUCGAGUCGUGCCAGCUCGUGGCCGCGUCGUACACCAAGCUUACGCUACCCUACGGCGUGGUCGCGGCGAGGCUGGACAGCUGGGUGUCGUACACGGAGCCCCAGCUGCUCGCGGCCUUCCUGGAGCACCUUCACGAGAACGUGUCGGCCACCUGCAUGGGCCUGUGGAACCCGCACUGGGACGACUUCGGCGCUCUGUGCGGUCCCGAAACGUACCCGCUAGCGGGCGCCCUGUUUCGGCACUUUAACGACACCCAUUAGCCGGGACCGCUCUGUGACAAUCUCCUCGACGUCGUCGCAGAGCCGGUCGUCCCAUCGAGCGGGCACGUGCCGGUCGCAGAAGCGUGGCCUCGACGAGCGCCACUCCCUGAACGUGCGCGGACACGUCGGCCGUCGUAUCGCGAUUGACUUCGGAAACGUGAACUUUGAGCGAUCGCACUGCGUAACUGAGAUAGGAUUUAUGUCACCGUUGAUAUCGCCGCUUUUAGUGAUUCGUUGUGGCAGGCACCCUGCGUGGUUCCGACCACGCAGUUGGUGUCUGCAUUUUUGAAGUGUACUUCGCGCGCGCAUCCUACAUAAAACGUAAAAAAAAAAAACAGUUUUGAAUUACUCGGCUAUAUAGUGAUACCGACGGCACGCACAAAAGCGCAACGCAUCAAAGCUUUAUUUAAGCAAAAGUAAGUAUAAGCAUACCUACCAACUCUCCCAAAAUUUUUGAUGUCUUACGAAUAUGGAUUCGUUCUACGAUGUUGCAAACAUUGCAUGGGUCAAGUUUCUCUCGAAAGGGGAAGCAUGAAUCGAUUGCGAUAGCAAAUUAGUAGACAGCUAUACGAAGCAAGGAUAGUAGUUUUAUCGGCCGUAUCAACUUGUAAACAUAGCCAUUCUAACUAAAUUAACAAGCAUGGUGUCACGCGCGCA